CAGCCAGUAAUAUCGGCUCAAGAAUUGGAGUUCCCGUCGGAAACCGAAACCAAAGCAGAGGAGGAGGAAGAGGCGGCACAUCUGGCGGCAGCAGAGGCUUCAGAGGAGGCGCCUCUGGAGCCAGAGGAGGUGGUGGCGCCCGGAGGGGCGGUCUUCGAGGAAGAGGCGGAUCCCGAGGAGGCGGACAAAAUCAGAAAAAAGUGCCGACGGCUGAAGAACUGGACGCAGAACUCGAUGCCUAUACUAAUAAGAUGUGAAUUAUGUCAUCCAUUAAUCCAUGUUUUAACCCUCAAGACCUGUUAAUCCUUUGCUCAUUCGCUGACAUUUUAUUCAAUUAUUUUGAUGUAAAACCUACUUUAUCU